CCAGGCGAGGUCAUCAUGCUGCACUGUGCCGGACCCCACACCAGCAAACUUGUCAAACAGGUGGCCGCCUGCUGUCUGCUGCUACCUCGCUUCCUGCUCACCGCUCUGAUGCUCUGGCUCCUGGAUUUCCAAUGCAUCAGACGGAAGGUCCUGCUGAACGCCAAGGAGGAGAGCACCGAGCGAGAUGACCCUCCGGUGUGCGUGUCGGAUUCCAACCGAAUGUGCACGGUGGAAUCCCUCAAGGCUGUGUGGCACGGCCAAAAACUGGACUACUUCAAGGCAGCCCACCUGGGAUGCUCGGCUCCCAACACCGAGGUGGUCACGCUGGAUGGUCAGAGCCUCCGCAGGAUCCUGGACUUCUCCCAGCGACAGAGACCCCUGAUCGUUAAUUUUGGGAGUUGCACCUGACCCCCGUUCAUGGCUCGCCUGCAGGCAUAUCAGCGGCUGGCAGCCCAGCACAUUGACAUUGCAGAUUUCCUGCUGGUGUACAUAGAAGAAGCCCAUCCUUCGGACGGCUGGGUGAGCACCGAUUCCUGCUACCAGAUCCCAAAGCACCAGUCCCUCCAAGACAGGGUGAAGGCAGCCCAGCUGAUGCUCCAAGGUGUGCCAGGCUGCAGGGUGGUGGUAGACACCAUGACCAAUGCUUCCAACGCUGCCUACGGAGCUUACUUUGAAAGACUUUAUGUCAUCCUGGACGGGAAGGUGGUCUACCAGGGGGGCAGAGGACCCGAGGGGUACAAGAUCUCCGAAGUGAGGACCUGGUUGGAGCUCUUCCAGCGAAGCAUGAUGGACAGCAGCUCUGUGGUCAUACAGAUCUAAGUGUCAUGCAAAUAAAUCAAUAAAAAUUCAAAGUAUUGCAGUACUGUAAAGUGUGGCAGCCCAGCAGUAUUAUACAUCGGAGAAAGGAUGGGCAACUCUCAGCAUUGCAGAUUUUUAGCGAGCUCCAACUCCCAUCACCCUCACGCAUCCCGUGGAGAGUGAUGGGAGUCGCAGCUCACUUUAUCUGGAAGGCUAAUGGUUGCUUGUCUGUGCCACUAUUUUUUAUUAUUAUUUUUCAUUUUUAACGCCCCCCUUUGCUGACAGAAAAAAAGAGGGGGGAGCAUUAUUGCUCGGGAAGUAAAGGGUUAAAGACCACACAUGUCGAUUUGUACGCUGCAGAGAUAAGCUACAUAAUGUUUUGUAUGUCCAUUAUUAUUAUUAUUAUUAUUAUUAUUAUUUUGUAGUGUUUAUUCUAGUCGGUUUGGAGGAGUAUAUUACUUAUUACUGUAACAGUGCUGGAUCAGCUGGUAUUUAAAUGACGACCGGUUUUUAAAUGGUUAUUAUUUCCCAGAAAAUCGUUGUCUGAUGUCCCCCAAAUACCUGCAGCUCUUAGUACCAGGGACAGUAUAGAGGUUUAUUUAUGUGACUUUUGUAAGCAGACUUUUAUAUAAAAUAUUUUUUACGAUUAAAACUGAAAUAUUAAA